CAGUCCGGAGGGAGGAACUGGACAGGUGGGGAGCGCAAGGUUUUGACAAAAACAGACGGCGACGGUGACGCCGUAGGGUCUAUGGCUGAGGCGGUGAGACCCGCUCGCCGGGCCAAGGCCAAGGCCAGCCGGACUAAAAGCAAGGAAAAGAAGAAAUAUGAAAAUCUUCAGAGCGAAGAGUCUGAUGAAGUCUCCCUUCCAAAAACCUCCAGAGAGCUGGAAAUCCCUACUCCAGCUUGUGAAUUCAGAGGAGACCGUCUGCAGGUGUUAACUGAUUCCCAGCUCCAGAAUGAUGCCAGUGGACAAAACGAGAGUGAAAUGUUUGAUGUAUCACUCACCUCCCUAACUAUAAAUAAUGAAGGGUCCCUGACCUGUGACACAGAGACCCUAAAGGAAGGGGAGGAGGUCAGAGCCAGUGUUGGGGGCGAUGCAGUCAAGCUGAAGUUUGACCCUGGAGACAAUGUUGGAACCAAAGCAGAAACCCCCAAGAACUUGACAGAAGUGGAGGAAAGUAAAUUGGUACAAUGCGGACCUUCUGGAAACACACUGCAAUCUAGUUUUUCUUAUACUCAGCAGGAAGUGGAAAACUUACAGGUCAGAGAAGCUCAGCAUAGCAAAGAAGACAAACAAGCCUUGGGUCUGUCUUCAGAGGUGCUACAAAAUGUUGGCUUGCAGAGUUCUUGUGAGGCCACGGACAUUUUUCAGCCACCUAAAGUGAAAAAACUGUAUCCCCCAUUGCCAGCGGAAAUUGCUGGAGAAGUGCCAGCUUUGGUGGCAGUGAAACCCUUGCUGCGUAAUGAGCGACUCUACCCGGAGCUCCCAUCUCAGCCGGAGCUGGUACCAUUUACUAAAGAACAGCUCAAGAUCUUUGAGCCUGGUUCAUGGCUGGAAAAUGUCGAGUCAUACUUAGAGGAAUUUGACAGCCUGGCUCAUCAGGACAGGCAUGAAUUCUAUGAGUUGCUUUUGAACUACUCACGGUGUAGGAAGCAGCUGCUUCUGGCUGAAGCUGAGCUUCUUGCUCUGACGUCUGAUUGCCAAAAUGCUAACAGUCGACUGUGGCACUUUAAGGAGGAACAGUUGUCUGUACAGGGUAUCUGUGCAGAUCAAGUGAAAGUUUCAGGCUAUCAUCGCUACCAAAGAGUAGAGAUGAGUGAAAAUGUGCUGGGGGAGCUAAAGAAGCUGUUUGAUGCCAAAUCUGAGCACCUCCACCAAACGCUGGCUCUGCACUCUUACACUUCUGUGCUCUCAAGGUUGCAAGUGGAGUCUUACAUCUAUGCAUUGCUCAAUAGUUCGCCUGUUCUGAGAUCUUUAGCGAUUCAACAGCAAGGCCAAGCUUCUAAACAGGCAGAAAGCAUUCCCUCUGAUCUGUGUCAGCUAAAGGAGUGCAUCAGUGUCUUGUUCCUGUUCACCAGGAGAGUUAAUGAAGAUACCCAGUUCCAGGACGAUAUUCUUCUCUGGCUGCAGAAAUUGGUGUCAGUGUUACAAAGAGUUGGCUGUCCUGGAGAUCACUUCUUCCUUCUAAACCAUAUUCUUCGAUGCCCAGCUGGUGUUAGUAAAUGGGCUGUUCCUUUCAUCCAGAUCAAAGUGUUGAAUAACCCAUCAGGGGUCUUUCAUUUUAUGCAGUCUCUUGCCCUGCUAAUGUCACCUGUCAAAAAUCGAGCAGAGUUCCUGUGCCACAUGAAGCCCAGUGAAUGGAAGCCAUCCUCCCCGGGGCCUGCGUCUGGGUCGUGGACACUAGUUGAUGAGGGAGGAGAAGAGGAUGAAGACCCUGAGACCAGUUGGAUUCUCCUUAAUGAAGAUGACUUGGUUAUCCUUUUAUCACAGUUCCCAUUUCAUGAACUCUUUCAACAUCUUCUUGGGUUUAAGGCAAAAGGUGAUUAUUUACCUGAAACAACAAGACCUCAAGAGAUGAUGAAAAUUUUUGCCUUUGCUAACUCAUUAGUGGAACUUCUGGCUGUGGGGUUAGAAACCUUUAAUAGAGCACGCUAUAGGCAGUUUGUGAAGCGAAUUGGUUAUAUGAUCAGGAUGACCCUUGGUUAUGUGAGUGACCACUGGGCACAGUAUGUGAGCCACAACCGAGGCUUGGGCUUGGCCCUGGAGCCCUAUUCCGUGGAGAAACUACAGGUUGAGUUUGAUGAACUGUUUUUGAGAGCUGUCCUACAUGUGCUGAAAGCCAAAAGACUUGGCAUUUGGCUGUUUAUGUCGGAAAUGCCCUUCGGGACGCUGUCGGUCCAGAUGCUCUGGAAGCUCUUCUACCUCAUGCACCAGGUAGAGAGCGGGGAUCUGGGGAAGCUCUGCACUGCCCUCCAGCCCGCUGAGUGCAAGAAGCAUCUUCAAGAUCCAGAACAUUUUGUGAACUUUGCGAAGUGCCUUUCUUCCAUGAAUAGCUCGGAAGAGAUUUGCCUUCUGACGACAUUUGCUCAGAUGGCUCAGGCCAGAAGAACCGAUGUGGAUGAAGCCUUCGUAAAAAUUAUUGUUCUGGAGAUAUACGAGGUAUCUUAUGUCACCCUGUCCACCAGAGAGACUUUUUCAAAGGUUGGUCGAGAGCUCUUAGGGGCCAUCACUGCUGUUCACCCUGAGAUAAUUUCUAUCCUUUUGGAUAGAGUUCAAGACACCAUUGACCAGGUUGGAAUGGUCUCUUUAUACUUGUUUAAAGAAUUGCCUUUGUAUCUUUGGCGACCUUCUGCCUCUGAGAUAGCUGUGAUUCGGGAUUGGCUGUUGAAUUAUAACCUGACAAUGGUGAAGAACAAAUUGGCCUGUGUUAUUCUAGAAGGACUGAAUUGGGGAUUUGGUGAACAGGAUACCCUUCAUCUGGAUCAAGCAGUCCAUGCUGAAGUGGCUUUAAUGAUUCUCGAAGCAUACCAGAAAUACCUUUCACAGAAGCCAUAUGCUGGGCUUCUUUCUGAAAGUAUGAAGCAGGUUUCAUAUUUGGCCAGUAUUGUUCGAUACGGAGAGACACCUGAGACCUCAUUUAACCAGUGGGCCUGGAACUUGAUCUUGAGGUUGAAACUGCACAGAAACGACUACGGAAUGCAGCAGAAUCGCCCAACUGUCUCCUUCUCCAGCACUGUGCCUGACAUGACAGAGUCACCCACGUUUCAUCCUCUCCUGAAGGCUGUUAAGGCAGGCAUGCCCAUUGGCUGUUACCUGGCCUUAGCUAUGACGGCCCUGGGCCACAGCAUUGAGAAGUUCUGUGCAGAAGGCAUCCCACUGUUGGGAAUUCUGGUCCAGUCGAGGCAUUUGAGAACAGUGGUCCAUGUCCUGGAUAAGAUUCUGCCUUUGUUCUACCCUUGCCAGUAUUACCUUCUGAAGAACGAGCAGUUUUUGUCCUACCUCCUCCUGUUCCUGCACUUGGACAGUGGCGUCCCUCAGGGUGUCACGCAGCAGGUCACCCACAAGGUGGCACAGCACCUGACUGGAGCCAGCCAUGGGGACAACGUGAAGCUUCUCAACAGCAUGAUCCAGGCCCACGUGUCUGUAAGCAUGCAGCCCAAUGAAGUGGGCCCCGUUGCCGUACUGGAGUUCUGGGUUCAGGCUCUAAUAAGCCAGCAUCUCUGGUACCGAGAAGAGCCCAUCCUCUUCCUCAUGGAUCACUUGUGUAAGACAGCUUUUCAACUGAUGCAGGAAGACUGUGUGCAGAAAUUGCUCUACCAGCAACAUAAGAACGCUUUGGGUUACCACUGUGACCGGAGUCUGCUCUCUUCCUUGGUGAGUUGGAUCGUGGCAGGCAACAUCACUCCUUCCUUCGUGGAGGGCUCAGCCACUUCCACUCAGGUCUGGUUUGCAUGGACAGUCCUGAACAUGGAAUCUAUCUUUGAAGAAGACUCUCAGCUCCGAAGAGUUAUUGAAGGGGAAUUGGUUAUAAACUCUGCUUUCACCCCUGACCAAGCUCUGAAGAAAGCCCAGGCCCAGCUGAAGCUCCCCGUCGUCCCGUCUCUCCAGAGGCUGCUGAUUUAUCGUUGGGCCCACCAGGCUCUCGUCACGCCUUCUGAUCACCCGCUUCUGCCGCUCAUUUGGCAGAAGUUCUUCCUCCUGUAUCUUCAUCGGCCUGGACCGCAAUAUGGGUUACCUAUAGAUGGUUGUAUUGGAAGAAGGUUUUUCCAUAGCCCUGCUCAUAUCCAUUUGUUGAAAGAAAUGAAGAGACGCCUGACUGAGGUGGCUGACUUCCAUCAUGCUGCCAGCAAGGCCCUCCGUGUGCCAGCAGAGGGCAGCGAAGGGCUGCCAGUGAGCCCGGCUGGCACCACUGGUUACCUGACUUCUCCAGAGCUGCAUGCGGAGCUUGUGAGGCUCUUCAAUGUAUAUAUAUUAUGGCUAGAAGAUGAGACUUUUCAAAAAGGAGAUACCUAUAUCCCUUCUCUACCAAAGCAUUAUGACAUUCACAGACUAGCCAAAGUGAUGCAGAAUCAGCAGGAUCUGUGGAUGGAGUAUUUGAACAUGGAGCGCAUACAUUACGAGUUUCAGGAAUCCAUUCGUCUGUGGCUGCAGGCCAAGCUUGAGUCCCAUUCCACACCUUGCAGUUUGUCGGUGCAGCUGGACUUUACUGAUCCUUUGUUGGCCAAAGAGAGGGUUUUAAGUAACUUGCGGAAGCACGAGGCUCCCCAGCCUCCCCUGGUCCUGCACCCAGUGAAGCCUCCUGUGCCAGUUAUUUCCCCUGCCGUGCUCCUGAGUCAGAAGGGCACCACCCAGCUGGUGCGCACAGACCUGCAUCUGUUGCAACAGCAGGCCAGAACUGCUGCUCUUCGGGAAUCUCAACAGGUUGCCCUGGAUGGUGAGCUGUUGGAUACAAUGCCCAAACAGUAUGUUAACCGAGUAGAACAGACCACACUGCAUCUGGAGUGCAGAGGCAGUAGUGGUAAGAAGUGCCAAGGAGCGGCAGUUGUAACAGUUCAGUUUGAAGGUAUGCAUAAGAAUGAAGCAGUAAGCCAACAGCUUCAUGCUUUGGGAAAAGAAGUGAAGCAGUUGCAAGCAGAAGCUGCUAAACCACCACCACUUAAUAUUGUGGAAGCUGCUGUACAUGCAGAAAAUUUGAUUACGGCCUUAGUGAAUGCCUACAAGUUGCAGCCCACGCCUGGGGUUCAGAAGGUUGGCAUUAGCCUCUUCUUUACUGUUGUGGAUUACGUCAGCGACGAGACCCAGCGUCAUCCUCCCACAAGGCAGUUCUUUACUUCAUGCAUUGAGAUUUUGGGACAGGUGUUCAUCAGUGGCACUAAAUCAGAAUGCAGAAAGGUACUUGAGACCAUUCUGAAGAAUAGAAGGCUCUGCUCUCUUUUGUCUCCUUUCUUCACUCCCAAUGCUGCACCCGCAGAGUUCAUACAGCUCUAUGAAAAAGUGGUAAAGCUUCUAAGUGAGGACAACAGUGACAUAAUUUUCAUGCUGCUGACCAAGUUCGAUCUUAAGCAAUGGUUAAAUGCCACUAAGCCUCCUCUGUCUGAUCGCACCAGACUCCUGGAGUCCAUUCAUUUGGCACUUACUGCCUGGGGCCUUGAGCCAGAUGAAGAUAUUUUGAUGCCGUUUAAUCUUUUCUGUAAGCACUGGACUUACCUUCUUCUCUACCAGUUCCCUGACCAGUACAGUGACAUCCUCAGGCUGCUGAUGCAAAGCUCUGCUGAGCAGCUGCUGAGCCCUGAGUGUUGGAAAGCCACGCUGAGAGCCCUGGGCUGCUGUGCCCCAAACUGCCAGCAGGGGGCACCUUCUGCCGAGAGCUCGGCGCUUCAAAGCUCCCCGGAUGUUCUCUUGUCAGACAAGCAGGUAAUGGAGACUAUACAGUGGCUCUCAAACUUUUUUUAUAAGCUUCGGUUAUCCACGUUGGACUUUAAAAGUUUUGGUUUAUUCUCAAAAUGGAGUCCUUACAUGGAUGGUAUGAAGACACUCUUGGGCUAUCUUGUGAAAAGGAUGCUUGACUCAGAAAUGGCGUGCUUGGCCCAAGACCCAUCUGCCAACAGCAAAACAGUGCUGAGAUCGCUACAUUCAGUCAUUAUCCAGCUCUUUAAGCCAUGGAUCCUGGUUUUAGAAGACAAUGAAAGCAGCCAACGACAUUACCCCUGGCUGGAGAGCGAUACGGUGGUGGCCUCGAGCACGGUGCAGCUGUUCACUGACUGCAUCGCCUCCCUGCACGAGGGCUUUAAAGAUAAGCUGUUGCCAGGUGAUGAAGGAGCCCUUCGGUUACAGCUGCUGUAUUACUGUGAAGCAUGUACCGCGCCCAAAAUGCCCGAGUUCAUCCUGUACGCUUUCCAUAGUGCCUACCGGAAACUCCCGUGGGGGGACCUGCAUCCCGACCAGACGCUCAUGGAGGCCUUCUUCAAAGUGGAACGAGGAAGCCCCAAGAGCUGCUUCUUAUUUUUGGGGUCUGUCCUCUGUGAGGUCAAUUGGGUCAGUGUCCUGUCCGAUGCCUGGAGUCCCCGUCCCCUCCCAGAGACCAGGAGCAUGAUUGUCUGCCUCCUUUUCAUGAUGGUUUUAUUGGCAAAGGAAGACCAACUGGUAGACCAAACAGAUUCACCUCUACUUAGUCUCCUUGGACAGACAAGCUCACUUUCAUGGCAUCUUGUGGAUAUCGUGUCAUAUCAGAGUGUGCUGAGUUAUUUCAGCAGCCAUUAUCAGCCAUCCAUCCUCCUGGCAAAGGAAUCUUCUGCUGAAUUAAUCGUGAAGCUCCUAAAAGUGACUGCAGGCCUUUCCGUUCCUACGGACAGCCAGAAGCAUCUUGAUGCAGUUCCAAAAUGCCGAGCCUUCAUUCAUCAGAUGGUUCAAUUCCUCAGCUCCCUGGAACAAAAUGGAAAAAUCACCUUAGCAGUCCUGGAACAGGAAAUGUCUAAGCUUUUAGAUGACAUCAUCGUCUUUAACCCACAUGACAUGGACAGCCAGACCCGCCACAUGGCCCUCAGCAGCCUCUUUAUGGAAGUCCUAAUGAUGAUGAACAACGCGACUGUGCCGACGGCAGAGUUCCUCCGGGGCAGCAUCCGGGCUUGGGUCGAGCAGAAAGUGCAGGGGCUGGCGGUGCUGCCGCUCCUCACGGCCGCCUGCCAGAGCCUGGCUUCCGUCCGCCACAUGGCGGAGGCCACGGAAGCCUGCAUCACGGCCUACUUCAAAGAAGGUUCCCUCAAUCAGAAUUUAGGAUGGGGCCCCAUCCUCGUGUCCCUUCAAGUCCCUGAGCUCACCAUAGAAGAAUUUCUGCAGGAGUGCCUGUCCCUUGGCAGUUACUUGACUCUUUAUGUCUACUUGCUGCAGUGUUUAAACAGCGAACAGACGCUAAGGAACGAAAUGAAAGUUCUGCUCCUCUUAAGCAAGUGGCUGGAACAGGUGUACCCAAGGUCUGUGCAAGAAGAGGCAAAGCUGUUUUUGUGGUGGCACCAAGUCCUGCAGCUGUCCCUGAUUCAGACGGAGCAGAAUGACUCGGUCUUGACAGAAUCUGUCAUUCGAAUUCUGCUCAUGCUUCAGAGCAGGCAGAGCCUGCUGGCCGAGGAGCGGCUCAGCUCCGGGAUUCUGGGGGCGAUUGGGUUUGGCCGGAAAUCACCCCUGUCUAACAGGUUCCGAGUGAUUGCCCGAAGCAUGGCUGCCUUCCUUUCAGUUCAGGUUCCGGCCGAGGACCAGAUCCAUUUGAAGCCUGGCUCUGAGUUAUAUCUCACCCCCAAAGCUCAGCAGGCUCUGAAUGCGCUUGAAUCCUUGACGUCAAGUAAGCAGUAUGUUGAAUACCAGGAUCAGAUAUCACAAGCUAUGCAGUUUAUAAACCUUCCUGGCCAUUGUCUCCAAGAUGGGAAGAGCUUCCUGGCCCUUCUUGUUAACCGUCUCUAUCCAGAAGUGCAUUAUUUGGACAACAUACGAUAGUAACACCGAGCCUCUUGAAAAACCCGUUGCUAUUUAUGUUUACAUUUAACUUUGCUGUUGCACAGGUAACUGCUCAGUUUCACUGCGGAGCUCAGUUUGGCCAAUGAGGUAGUUGACUGAGACGCAAGCCAGAGACACUAGAUAAUUCUGUUGGGCAUGUGCACAUGUGUGUGUGUGUGUGUGUGUGUGUGUGUGUGUGUGUGUUUUCUUAGCUCUUAAAACUUUCUGGGGAUUUUUCAGUUUUUCUGUCCCUCCAACAAGAGAAACUUAAAAAGUUCCACUUGGGGACGAGCUGUUCACAGUUGCUGAAUAUUCCAGUCAUUUCACAAGACCCCAGGAUGGGGUUCUUUGUACGUCUCCGCUUCUGUCUUCUGUGUUAUUUCAAUGUCAAGACUCCUGUUCCCUAUCUAACUCCUUUUGGAAUCAUGCAGAACCCUUACUUUUGAACCCCAUUUACUUUGAAAGAUCAAAGUAAAACGAGCUUUGAAAAUUUCUGCAUUUUUCAAAUGUGGAAAAACAUCAGCUUACAAGUAUUGUGUUGUUUCUCUCAGGAGAGA